CAGUCCAGAAAUUUUAGAAAGGUUGGACGUAAGGGUUGGCUCCCAGCGACGAAACUGGGGGAAGGUCACUGCUCCGGGUGAUGUUUUGGGUCAGACCCUGCAAACUGCUUUCACAUCGAGAGCUCCCAGCCCGGCUCUCCCUGGACGGGCUCGCGUCUCCCCUCAAGCUUUCAGCCCCUGGGAGCCUGAGGGAGAGCUUGUUCCAGCAGACGGGCCCCAUCCGCUCCACCCGGCUCUUGCUGGAGCGAGGGCUGGAAAAGAGGGAUGGAGGCGAAGGGGUAUCUCCCACCCCUCCGGGGCCCCGCGUGCCGCCUGCGCGCCGCUUCCCAGCAAAUACGGGUGCUAGAACACUACCCCAGCCAUUGGAAGAUCAGAGGUUUGUGACAUGGAGGAGGAAACCUGGAGCCAGUAACACUGAGAUCAUCAGCUGGAUUGUGCCAGAUGUGACAGAGGAGGCUGGAAAACCUCAGGCUUUCUUCCUGUGCCAAGCUUUACCUUGGAAAGGGCUCUUCUUUGCACCUGCUCAAAGUAAGGAGAGGGGAAAAGAGCUUUGGCCGGAGGACACACUCCAACCCAGAGGACAAGAAGCCACAUGCAGAUCUGCUUCUUAGCAGUGAAGCAAGGUAUUGCUUUAGCACCUGCAGUGCUCUGGAUUCAAGUGCAGACUCCACAUGUUCCUUUGCUGAGUCCAAGGAAGAGGACAGGCUGCCAGGAAGGGAACAGACCCACAACGGUGGAGAGAGAAAACAGAGUUCAGGGCUUGGAGCUCCAAACUUGUCAACCCAGCACCUCACUCCUGGUUCUUGGGCUUGUGUGAGGAUGUUCUUCACAAUGCCUGAUCCUUCCCUGUGCUGUACAUCAAAAGACUCUGGAUUAGCUCCAUAGUACCCUGCAAAACCACCCAGGAGAGAUGUGCUGUUGCUGAACCCCUGCCAGGAGCAGACGGAUGAUUAUGGACAUUGCCCUGAGGGACAUGAAGUUCACCAUGUCUCCAGCUCUUGAAAUCUUAACUGUGCUCUUUCUGGGAGGUCACUUAAGCUGUGGUUUCACAGGAAUCUCAUGGAAUCACAGAAAACAGGGUGCCUAAAGUGAUACCAGAAGUAGCUGUACCCCCACCUCUCACUGAGGGCAAUGAAACAUCAGAGUGAGCAAAGGGAAGAUGGUGGAUCUCCAUCACUAGAGAUUUUGAAGGAUAAGGAGGAGAAAUGUCCAUCAGGAGUGACACAGGCUGAGUCCAUCCUGCACAAGGACAGAAACUGAGUCCUGGCUCUGCAGAAUCCAAAGGGGUCUAUGUAAGCUCCUUCCCAUGAUGGUCAGUGGGGAUCUUGGCAGUAUCCAGGGCCCCACACAUAGGCACUGAGGUCUGUUGGAGGUGACAUCAGGGAUCCUGCUCCUACUCUACAAAGUACAUCCCCCUCUGGCCUCAGGGGACACUUGUCUCAGCCCAACAGGGUGACCCAGUCAACACCAGGGUGCCAGGAGCUGUGGAGGAGCUUCCUGACCUGUGGCUCCCAGAGAGAUAAUCUGGACAAGAUAACACAACCCAACAGCUCCUGUCCAGAGGGAGAUGGGAAACAGAACAUGGCAGAAGAGGAGCCCAGGAGGAAAGCCCACCCAAGAACCACAGGCGAGGGCACCCAUAAUAAACAUAAUAGACACAUAAUAAACAGGGGAGUAGCUGGAGAAGCAGCACCUUUGGAUAUGUCAGUCCAGCUGUGUGUCACCUCCAACAGCAUCUUGCAACCCACACAUGGCCUGACCCAAAGCCCUUUGGUGCAAAUAAGGAAGAGCCUUGCUGCCAGGAACAACCUGGAUGGGGUGCAAUCAGGGAGAAGGGCGAGGGGCGUUGUGCAACCCUCUGCCAAGCAUUUCUCUGGGAGAAAAUAAAUGCCAAGAACCACUUGUUCCCUCCCCUGUUCCCAUCCCCUCCCUCAGGGAGAUGUGCCCCAAGGGGAAAAUCUGAACAGUUUUGUAUUCUGGGGGGAGGCUGGACCCAGGGUCAAGGCUGUGUGAUGGCUGUGCCGAGGACACAGCACGUGAUGAGGUUCAAUUAAAACAUUUCACAGGCACAAGGCUGACCUAUUCACAGACAAAUUGGUCUUAUAAAUAAAAUGAAUGUGUGCAGGACAAACAGUGAGCCUGUCAACCCCGCAAGCCCUGCCUGGAGCGCUGGGAAAUAUUUUAUUGGGAUAUAAAGUCUUAAAUGCCAUUCUCCAUGCAUGGAUGGGGGCUGUGUGGCUCUUCAUCAGCGAGCCCCACUGCCUGCUCCUGCAUUUUGAUUCACGGCUGAGUGGGAACCUUCAAUUCCCUCUGGUGGCUUUGCAGAGCAUGAUUGACACCCCACAGGUCAGAGUCUGACUUCAGCUCCCUGGUGCCCAGAAACAUGGAGAGCAGAGCUCAGGGCCACAGGGACAUCACUGAGAGGAGCCCCGUUCUCUCCAGGCCAAGCUGGAAGUGCUCUGGUACUUCCCACACCCCCAUCACACCAUCUCCGUUCCACUGAUGCCAUUAGCAUAGGGGCAGAGGGGACAAACCCUUCCCAGUCACGUUUUUCUCCAGCUCCAUCCUUAUAGCCUUCCCUCCUUGGCCAGAAUCAGGAAAAAAAAAAACAAAAACAAAAAACCAAACAGAACAACAAACUGAAUUCCCAUCUUUUCCCCACUGAGUUGAUUCACCCUGCAAAGGGCCCUUUCUGAGGAGGUGGGGACUGGGGGUGUUCAGCAGAGUCAGCCCCAAUCUCCUGAAACCCCAGCAUAGACCACGUGGGUGUAAAAGCAGCUCUGCUGACGCCUCCAACCCCUGUAGACGUUUAAUGGCACUUGUACCAGUGCUAAUUACAUCUUAACAUUUUCCCUCUGUAUUUUGGUGUUUAUUUUGGAAAAGCUCCUCCCUGGACUCAUUUUCUUCCUCAGCUUUAAAACAAUAACACCACCACACUUGCUUUUCCCUUGGCUGUUUCCCUCAUUAUUUUAACUCUGCCAUUCUGCUCCUGUACAGUCAGCAGAGGAGUUCAAUCAGGCUGAUGAGUAAAAGUGCAUAAUUUUAUGGCUGCAUAUCAACUGCCUGUUAUUAAACUAAUCAAUCAGCUUCAGUGCAGCUACCAGUACAGCACGGGAGAGGACAAGGCAGGGGAAAUGCUAUGCCGUUAUUUUUCCAAAAGGAAAAAAAAAAAAUAAUACAAUCUGGCCAACGACAUUCUUCAGCUUGUCCUUCUCUGCAGGGAGAAAUGACUCCAGUGAGUUAUGGAGUAGGUGACCUGCAGGAAGGUAGUGGGAAGUUUGCAGUGUCCUUCUGCUAGCCCUGCAGUGCCAAGCCAAAAUGCUCAGCAAUUCUCAUGCUCCAAAAGACCAGGAAAGUCAUCAGCUGCUCUCCCAUCCCAUCUUGCAGUGUCCCACUGCAGGUGCCUCCCACCUCCUCCAGCAAAGCAUUUAGGCAUAUAUUAAGUAAAUCCCAUUGAAGACAGCAAGAUCAUUACCUGAGCCCAUUCUUUUGGCCUUAGGGUCAGCAGUCAUGGAAGAAGUUAGAGAGCUGAUUUCCAGUGGUCUUACUCAGAGUAGUUGUCUCCCCUGAUGGUCCUAGUGAGACUUCUGGGUGGCAGAAGGAAGGAAAGGAUGCAUAAACCUCCUUUUCCGUAAAUAAUUAGACUCUUUCACACUUUCACUAGCAGAAAAUGUAGAAAUUACUUCCCCAUCCUGUUUGGGGCACAGCACACAGGCCAAGGUCUGCAUCUGAAAGGCUGCUGAGGGCACCGAGGGACAGUCCAUGUCCCUGAGGGGCAGGACAAGUAAGGGACAAGGUACAUUGCACCAAGAGAGAUCUGGACAACAUAUCAGGCAAAGCUUCCUGCUGAAGCAGGGUGAGCAGGCACAGGGACACAUUCCCAGGAGGUUGUGGAGAUCUCCUAGACCAAGCCCUAGAUGUUGCUACUUCUACAGCAACAUCUGUUUGGGCUGGACCUGGUGAGGUUCUGCUUGAAGCCACAGAUGGGAGUGAUGGUCUUGUGGGUCCCUUGCAGCUCUGAGUCCAUGGGAAAGACCAACCCACCUUCCCUUGACCUCCAAGAGAAGGAGGAGAUGAUGUAACAGGGCUUUGAACCUCAGAGCAAGUCAAUGGGAUCUUCUGUGUUGAUAAACAGGAGUGAAGAGAGAGGGAGAGAAGGAGGAAAGAGAAG